ACCCGUGGUUCUUGUUUUUGGUCCGAAUCCCUUACCACGAAUCUUAUACGAUGUUGUAGGUGGGGGGAUUACUAUUAUGGAAUGUUAUAUUUUAUGAUGAGCAUUUCUUUUAUUGUUAUUUACAUUUUAUCCUUUCGAAUAUGCCGCCCACGAGUUUUAGUCGCGAAUGGUGGCUGCGGGAGGCGCUAACUGAUCGCGGCAUGAAUUGCAUGGUCGCGAGAAACUCGAGCGUCUGGCAACGCUAAAACCACCUCUCCCAGGGGCGCGAAACGCGCACGCGCCGCACGUUUAUUAUCUUCUUUCUGUUCAAGUGCCAUUUCAUUGCAUGCAGUGCAGUCUAUAAAACAGAGAAUGCGUUCUCAGUGGAUCUCGAGUUUCCUAUCACUUAUCGUCAUUCGUAGCGUAUAAACAUAACAGCACGCGGUCAUUAACUUACAAAUUGUUUACGUGUCGUUCCGACGGCGCAUGGUAACCCGUUAAUAUCGGCGUCGAGAUGGUAGUUUCCGUGCUGUAAAAAAAAAAAAACAGAGGAUCGAGAACCAUUGUUAGCGUCGUUCCACGGGUUUCGGGUUGAAUUUUCGAACGGUUACCGCGAGCAAAAUGUCAUGCAGCUACGCGGACGGUCUCUCGCACUACGAAAACAAAGGAGUGCUGGGUCUCGAAGAGAGAUACGACAGCGUCGAGGCGUUGCGACUGAAAUGCGGCCUUCUCGCAGAUUGGGUCCAGGCAGCACGGCACGUCGUCGUUCACACCGGCGCCGGCAUCAGUACUGCUGCGGGCAUUCCGGAUUUUCGAGGUACAAAUGGUGUGUGGACGUUGGAGCAGAAAGGUCUAAAGCCUACCAUGAAUAUCUCCUUCGAUGAAGCAAUACCUACAAAGACCCACAUGGCAUUGAAGAAAUUGGUUGAUUCCAAAAAAGUUAAAUUCAUUAUAAGUCAGAACAUUGAUGGCUUGCAUCUUCGAUCGGGGGUACAGAGACAACACCUCGCGGAGUUGCAUGGAAAUAUGUUUACCGAACAGUGUGAUAAAUGCGGCAGGCAAUUUAUUCGAAACUUCGCAACCAAAAGCGUAGGCAAGAAAUCGCUCGACACUGUGUGUAGAUCCGAACAGAUAGGCGGUCGUCCGUGCCGCGGACGCAUGCAUGACACCAUCCUCGAUUGGGAACACAACUUGCCAGACAGUGAUCUGACGUUGUCCGAUUUGCACUCUAGUGUCGCGGAUUUAAGCAUAUGUCUUGGGACGACACUGCAAAUUAUUCCCAGCGGUAAUUUGCCUCUGUAUACCAAAAAGUACGGAGGUCGACUCGUUAUAUGUAAUCUACAGCCUACAAAACACGACAAAAAGGCAGAUUUGAUAAUCAACGGUAACGUUGAUGAAAUAAUGAUCAGCGUGAUGAAAAAGCUGGGAUUAGAGAUCCCCGAGUACGAGAGUACGAUGGACCCUACACGCAACUCUGACAUAACGUCUAAGGAUAUGGACUGGACAAUACCGACCAGCAGAAUAAAAGAAAUGAACGUACUGUACAAGAAAGUGUGCAAACCGAUGAAAAGGAAACGACAAACGUUCAUGUACGAGAGAGAUCGAGCGGAGACCAAACGGGAGACAAAACCGAAGAAGCAGGCGUUCAUGAUAAAGGAUGACAUAAAGACGGAGGAUACAUUGAAUGCGACCGACAUGGUCGACAACAACGAGAUGAUCGGUGACGUGAGUAGUAAUGCGGUGAAAAUUGAGGGAGACAUCAAGGACCAAGUGGAACCGUUCGAAUUCUCUGCGGAUAACAUGACUCAGCCGGACACUAGUUUAGAUGUAAACGACAUGAUAUAGCCCGAUGAUUUUGGUGUAUGGUGAUCGCCAACGACCUAAUUAUUUCUAUUAUUCUCAGUCUACGUUAAAUUUAUUUAUGAGUGCAUAUAGGAUGGAUGUUAUCUGUAUGUGAAGAAUGCCUAAAGUGCUACCGAUUUGUUUAUACGAAAACGAUACAAUAAAA